CUCACUGUGAAAAUAUUGAAAAGGAAAACAAAUGGUUUUCGGUUUGAUUGUUCCUUCUAAUUAGAUAACAAUUAACUAUUUAAAUAUGACACAAGUGAUUAAUGGCCUUGAUUCUAUUCGGUCAUUACCUAAUCGAAUUAACUCUGCGAGUUUAAAGGAGAGAAAAUUGUUAUUUUCUGAUCUACACAAAGUCUUAUUAGAGGAAAACAACAGUUCCAAUGAGACAACAUUGGGUCCACUUAUUAGGAGAGUAUGUGAUUUACUAACAUCAACAUUGAUCCGGUACCAGGAUCGUAAAUCUAGACUUUUGGUGAUUAAUUUUCUUAAAUCGUUAAUCUUAACUUACCCUGAAUCAACCUCCAAGGCUUUGGUCAAAUGUUUGGUCAAUUAUUUUAAAGAUUCUCGUAAUAUUCAGACAAAUUUUGCUUCGGCUCGUAUUUGUUUAUCCGCCUUUCAUUGGAUAAGUUUACUUUCAAAUGUAACCAUAACUGCCAUGGAUCAAGAGAUGAGAGUUAAUCUAAUUGAUUUACAAGGUUUUCUAGUAUUUGUCAUCUCUGGUUCACAAAGUAAAUCUCUGCUCGUGCAAACAUGUAAAUUAUUCAAAUCAUUUUGGACAACAUCCUAUCCAAUUGAAGACUAUGCCUUGGAAUUGUCAAAAAUUGAAGUUACACCUUCAUCAAGUAUUUACCUGUUUGUCCUUUGGGGUUAUAUUUUUCAAGUAUUGUCACAAAAUAAGCGAAACGAUUUAAUAUCAACCUACAAAGGGAUAAUUGUUGAUUUUUUCCUUAAACACAUAACCGUUUCUAAGACUAAAUUACCCGUUGACGCUUUAACCCAAGGAGGUUCUCAAGUGUUACGUCAAAUCAACCACGAGGAAUUUAAAAGUAAAUUGUUACCUGGUUUACAGAGAUCAGUUCUUCGUAAUCCUGAGAUUGCCUUGGAAUUGGUCACCAAGUUGAUCAAAAAUUUAUCCCUCGACCUGAGUCCUUACGCUGUUGAACUUGGUAAGAUGAUUGGUGUCUCACUAAUCUCAAAGGAAGAGGAUCUCAUUAAAAUUGCCAUAAAUGGUUCACAAAAUUUAGCGAUUCAAUGUUCAGAUUCAACGGCAAUUGAAUCACUAUUGAAACUUUACUUUGGUAUUCUAAAUGGUUCCGAAGGUAAAUUGUCCGUUCUCACCCAACGAUACGGAGCUCUAAGUGGUAUUGGUGCUUUAAGUAACCAUAGUGUCCAAGCGGGUCCAUCUUCAUCUGCACUAAGUGACCAAGCAUGUCAACAAUUGUUAACUUUUUUAAAAAUUGAAAUUCAUGAAGGAACCAUCGUUCAUGGGUGUAGUCAAAUGCAACUCUGGUGUAAUCGGAUUACCGUUGGUCCAAUCCCGACUCCCUUGAUUACAAGAAUCAAGGAGAUCGCUAAUUCAAAAACGGCUCAGCCUUUUGCCAAAAGUGCUUAUUUUGGCUGUUUAAAUGGUGCCUUUAAUGAUAGUAAUGUUAAUCAAGUUAAUGGUUUACUUGAUUUACUCACAACAUCAGCUGGUAAAGCUUUCAAUGCUUCGGUCACUCAGUUACCUCUGGUCACCGAAGGUCUUUAUGCCGCUGUCAUUGUAAUUAGAGCCUUUUGUAAAGACAAACAAUUAGAAACAAAAUACAAAUCAACGAUGAAUGGACUUCUUGAUUUAAAUAAAUUACCUUUUCUACUUGGUAAAUUUGUUAAUCAAUCAAACGCCUCGGCUCAACUUAUGUUAAUUUCUUUCAUUGAACAAAUGUGUCUUAAUUAUGAGUCUAAAGUUAAAGAUAAUAUCAGUUUAUUAACAACUCCCUUGGUUCAUCUGAUGGUUACUCCCAAUUCGCAUGAGGUCCGUAAACAAGCAGUUAAAGUUUGUCGCAAUUUAUUAAACAAUUUGUGCGAGACUGAAUUUUUCUCGUCAUUAAUGACAAGUUUCAAAGAGAUUUUUGAAAAAUAUGAGAAGCCAUUGAUUACAAUUAAAGAGGAAACUGAAACCAAUGUUACACCUCCUGAAAGAGCAAUCAAUAUACCAGCUUUAAUAAACUGUAUUCUUAGUUCAAGUUUAAUUGCUGGUAAAUUGUCUGAAAAUGCUGUUGCCAAAACUUUGGUCGCCGCUUUCACUGCAUCUCAUGUUCCAGUGCUUUUCGAAGCUGAACCCAAACUUUGGAUAACAUUGGUUAAGAAACUCGCCGAUCCAAGUAAAGUUGAAUCAAUGAUCAUUUCAAUUGCUGGUGAUUUGUGUGAAUCCAUUUACUCUGAGAAGCAAAAUAUUGAUCUUCAAUGUAAUUGCAUAAAAAGUUUAGUUUGCUAUUUUCCUGAUCAAUUUAUGGACCGAAUUUUGAGUAAAACUGUUGAAAUUCUUAAUAAUCCUGAUCUUAAUAUAAUCACCGUUGAAGAAUAUGAAAUCUUCAAAUAUCCUGAAGGUGAAUUAUGGGAUAAAAGUGUUAUCGAAGCUUUAAAAGAGGAAACUCAAACAAAGAACAUAAAAAGAGAGAAUAAACUUUACUCUUACAAGGAACAAUUAGCUGAUCUUGAAAUACGAAGAGAAAUCGAAGCGAAAAGAAAGAAACAAAAUCCAAACAAAGAGGAACCUCUUAAUGAGAAACAAAUAGCUGCCAAAAAAGCACAAUUAGAAAAGGAAUCAAGUAUUCGCUCUCGUUUACAAACUCUUCACGAUGAUUUAAUGAUUGCUGUUAAUUAUCUUGAUUCCCUGGUUGAUGGAAAUAAAAUGCAUACCGCUUUCAGAGUAUCAAAAGUAAUUCCAUCUCUAACUAACCUGUUACAAUCUCCAUUAUGCUCCGAAAUCAUUUCGAAAGCAUUUAUCUCUCUUUCCGAUUGUUCCUUCCUGUUCAACAAUUCACCUUAUGGAUUUGAUAAGCGAAUUGGUUAUGCCAUUUUAAGAGCACUUACUCCCUAUUAUCCGAUAGAUGAGAAAUGGUUAAAAGAAGAUGAUUCAACUGCUACGGAACAAUUAAUUGACUAUAUUUAUGAGAAAACUUGCCCACCACAAUCAAGAGAUAAAUAUGACAAACGAUUGGCCUCAGUUGCAUACACAAGAUUCACUGCUCCAGCUUUUGCUUAUUGUUUCCCUCUUUUUGGUCACCUGAUUAAAUGUGAUAAAAAAGAUCCUAGAAUAAUCGAGAAAUGUUUAGAGAUAAUUAUUGAACAUUCAAAGAUGCGUUUCGAGGAACCAACAAUUGACGAAUACGAUCAAAUAGAUGAAAGCGCUUUCCUUAAAAAUCCACAAUAUUUACCAAGAUUCGAAGCGCUACAAACUUUGUAUACUUUUCUCGAAGAACCAAUUCCUUACCUCGAACCUUUAAUUAUGUCAGCAAUUAGAUCGAUUGCCGAAGCUUCAAUGGGCGAGGAAGGUUUUGCCAAACCUGCUAGAGAAGAGCUUCUUUUAUAUCUGGAAAAAUUGAAGAGAGAAUCUGACUGUAUUCGAAAUGUUUCACUUGAUUCUCUUAUUCUAAUUGCUGAUUAUCUUAGAACAUUAAAAGAAGCUAAAGUUCGAGCUGCAGUUCGACAAAGAGGUUGGGUUGUACGUUUCGAUCCAGUUGAAGAGAUGGUUGGUAAAGCUCAACAAUUUUGGGAAAUGGUUCAAGUUCAACCAUCUCAGGUUCUUUGUAUAGCAAUUAUUGAAGAUCUUAAUGAAGCUGGACCUAAUUUAAGAGAAUCAAUUGCCUCUGCUAUGGAUGGACUAUUAACAAUUUAUCCAAAUGAAGUUAAAUUAACUGUACACAAAUUAAUGGCUUAUUAUAAGGAACGUGCCAAACCACCUGCACCAGUUAAAGAUCCUUAUAAUCGUGGUAAUGUGGAAAUUCAAGUUGAUAAUUAUGAACCUCGGCUUGGAGCUGGUCUUGUUUUUACCAAAAUCGCUGGUCACCUUAAUGAUGUACUGGUCAUGGAAAUGGCUAACUUUUUAAUCCCAUUGGCACUUGGUGAUCGUAAUGAUCAAGUUCAAAGUCAAAUGUUGGAAGUUGGUAUAGCAAUUGCUGAUAAACAUGGUAAACGUUGUAUGACACAACUGAUUAAUGUUCUUCGUAAAUAUUUGGACAAAUCACAAGACAAUUCAGCAAACGGUAUGGUCAAGAGAAGUGUGGUCAUCCUAAUGGGAACUCUUGCUCGACAUUUGGAAACAGAUGAUACUAAGGUUAAACCAAUAGUAGUUAAAUUGAUUGAAACUCUGUCAACACCUUCAGAACUUGUCCAAGAAGCUGUGGCUAAUUGUUUACCUCCCCUGAUUCCAGCUUUUAAAGACGAGGCUCCGGUAAUUGUUCAAAAGCUGUUACAAUUACUUUUGGAUUCAGAUAAACAUGGUGAACGUAGAGGUGCGGCUCAUGGUAUCGCUGGUAUUGUUAAAGGUUUGGGUAUUUUAUCAUUAAAACAACUUGGAAUCAUGGAAACAUUAACGGAAGCAAUAACAAGCAAGAAAAACGCCAAUCAUCGAGAAGGCGCUUUGUUUGCCUUUGAACGUCUUUGUGUCAUGUUGGGUCGUCUUUUUGAACCUUACAUUAUACACAUUUUACCAAAUCUUUUACUUUGUUUUGGCGAUGCAAGUACCAAGGUUAGAAAAGCGACCGAUGAUACUGCUAAGGCUUUCAUGACCAAAUUAAGUGCCCAUGGUGUUAAAUUGGUUUUACCUUCACUUCUUGAUGCUUUGGAUCAAGAUUCAUGGCGAACCAAAACAGGAUCAAUUGAACUUCUUGGAGCUAUGGCAUUUUGUGCACCCAAACAAUUAUCUUCGUGUCUUCCAUCAAUCGUUCCCAAAUUGAUGGCUGUUCUUUCUGAUUCUCACCCUAAAGUCCAACAAGCAGGUGAACAGGCGCUUAAACAGAUCGGUUCUGUUAUCCGAAAUCCUGAGAUUCAGUCUAUCGUACCAAUCCUUUUGGAGGCACUUCAAGAUCCUUCCAACAAAACGCAUAAAUGUUUAACUACCAUGUUGAUUACUAAAUUUGUUCAUUUUAUUGAUGCUCCUUCACUGGCUCUCAUUAUGCCGGUCACUCAAAGAGCGUUUCAAGAUCGAUCUACAGAAACUCGUAAAAUGGCUGCUCAAAUUAUUGGAAAUAUGUAUUCGUUGACUGAUCAAAAAGAUCUGUCACCAUACCUUCCGUCAAUUAUUCCCGGUCUCAAGCAGUCACUUCUCGAUCCAGAUCCAGAGGUUCGUGCCGCUACUGCUCGUGCUUUAGGUGCUAUGGUCAAGGGGAUGGGCGAAGAUGUUCUAGAUCAAUUAAUGCCUUGGUUAAUGGCCACUCUCACCUCAGAUGGAUCAUCUGUCGACCGUUCAGGAGCAGCUCAAGGUUUGGCUGAGGUAAUGGGUGGAUUAGGUCUUGACAAACUUGAACUUUUGAUGCCCGAAAUCAUCACAAUGUCAGAGCGCAACGAUAUCCCUCCUCAUACAAAAGAUGGUUACAUUAUGUUGUUCAUUUAUCUACCUAUGGUUUUCACCCAAGAUUUUAUUCCUUAUAUUGAUAAGAUAAUUAAUCCAGUUUUGAAAGCACUUGCCGAUGAAAGUGAAUUCGUUCGAGAAACUGCACUCAAAGCAGGUCAACGAAUCGUUAACAUGUAUGCUGACACUUCGAUUCAAUUGCUUCUUCCUCAACUCGAACAAGGUCUUUUCGAUGAAAACUGGAGGAUUCGUUACUCUUCAGUCCAACUGUUGGGUGAUCUCCUUUACAAGAUAUCGGGUGUUUCCGGUAAAAUGACAACUGAAACAGCUAAUGAAGAUGAUAACUUUGGAACUGAGAACUCAUAUAAAGCAAUCAUCAGUUGCCUUGGAGUGGAAAGACGAAAUCGUGUCAUUUCUGGACUUUACAUGGGCCGUUGUGAUGUUUCACCAGCCGUUCGUCAGGCUGCUUUACAUGUUUGGAAAGUAAUUGUUUCAAAUACACCGAAAACACUUAAGGAAAUUAUGCCAACCCUUUUCCUUUUACUUUUGGGCUGUUUAGCUUCAAAUUGUUAUGAUAAACAAAAAAUUGCUGCUCGAACUUUGGGUGACCUGGUUAAAAAGCUUGGUGAACGUGUUUUACCGGAAAUAAUACCAAUCCUUGAGCAAGGUCUCAAAUCAGACAGAGCCGAUCAGCGACAAGGUGUUUGCAUCGGUUUGAGUGAAAUUAUGUCUGCAACUAGUCGAGAAAUGGUUCAAGCUUUUGUUGACUCGUUGGUGCCCACGGUCACCAAAGCUUUGUACGAUCCUUUGCCCGAAGUGCGUCAAGCGGCGGCCAAAACAUUUGAUAGUCUACAUGCAGCGGUUGGUUCACGGGCCCUUGACGAGAUUUUACCACCGCUAUUAAAUCAACUCGGUGAUCCAGUCGUUGGAGAGUUUACAUUAGAUGGUCUUCGUCAAGUAAUGGCGAUUAAAAGUCGCGUUGUUCUUCCUUAUUUAGUUCCACAGUUAAUUGUUCCUCCUGUCAAUACUCGGGCUCUGUCAUUAUUAGCAACUGUUGCUGGUGAUUCACUUUCAAAACAUUUAGGUAAAAUUUUACCGGCUCUUCUUGUGUCAUUAAGUAAAUCACUGGAUACACAUAAUGAGAAACAGGAAUUGGAAUAUUGUCAAUCGGUUAUUUUAUCUGUAGUUGAUGAACAAGGAACUCGAACAAUUAUUGAUAGUCUAUUAGAAUCUGCUCGACAUGAUUCACCGGCUGUUCGUCGGGCUGCAAUUCGCUUAUUAUCCGUUUAUUGUCAUCAAACUAAGGCCGCUUUCUCAUCUUUGGUUCCUCAAUUGAUUCGAGGUUUAAUUUUUCUUUUCACCGAUACUAAUGAACAAGUUUUACAAUCAAGUUGGGAAGCUUUUGCUUCGGUUACCAAAAGCUUAGACACUAAGGAGCAAAUUGAUUGUCUUGGUGAAGUUCGUUCUGCCGUUCGUCACGCAGCCAGUGAUCUGAAAGGUUCGAGUUUACUUCCUGGUUUCUGUUUAGCAAGAGGAAUUUCACCAAUUUUACCGAUAUUUCGAGAGGCCAUUCUCAAUGGUAAUCCUGAGCAAAAAGAACAGGCUGCUGAUGGUUUAUCAGAAGUGAUUCAAUUAACUAGUCCAGAUGCCUUAAAAUCGUCAGUUGUUAACAUUGCGGGUCCAUUAAUCAGAAUUUUGGGUGAUCGUUAUUCAUCCAAUGUUAAAGUUUCCGUUUUGGAUACAUUGUCACUUCUACUCGCUAAAGCGGGAUCAUUUUUACGUCCAUUUAUCCCUCAACUUCAACAAACUUUCCUAAAAUCUUUAGGUGACAGUAAUCGAGUUGUUAGAUUGAGAGCUGCCAAUGCAAUGAGUCAUUUAAUUGCUAUUCAUCCUCGUUGUGAUCCAGUAUUUGCUGAAAUUCACAAUAGCAUAAAAUCGUUUACUGGUGGUGAUGACCAAUCACUAAGAGAAACAAUGUUGUAUGCUCUUCGUCUUGGUAUAAUGAAAGCGGGAGAAAAGAUCACAGAAAAUGUUCGACUUGGAAUCGUGGCCACAACAACCUCUUUAUUGGAUAAUAUUAACGAUAAUGUCCGUAAUUCAGCCGCUUCUUGUCUAGGAACUCUUUGUAAAUGUUUAUCUGACGCUGAGUUAGAAAACGUUGCUCGAGAUCAUCUAAUUGAAGAUGAACCAGCCUCGUAUUGGAAUCGUCGUCAUGGUCAAUCGGUGGCUUUACGAAUCGCCCUCAAGGAAGCACCUGGAAGAAUGUUGAUUCCUGAAUGGGAAGAGAAAUUAUUUAAACAUAUUCUUGCUCAAUUAGGUGCCGAUAGAAUUCCAGUCGUUUGUAAUGGAGUUAAAUCAUGUGCCUAUGUGUUUGUUCACAAAAUAUCUAAAGAGGAACAGUUACCUCAACAAUUGGUCUCAGCUUUUGCUCGGUGUAUGAAUCAUGCCAGUAACGAAGUUAAACAAACAGUCGCCAAUUCAUCAAUCUUCUUGACCAAGAAUAUCUCAUGUCCAUUUCCUUUGGCCUUUUUAAAGUCUUUGGUACCUUUACUAGUGAUGGGAACGAAGGAAAAAAACACAGCAGUUCGAUCCAAUUCAGAACAAGCUUUGGUUACCGUUUUGAAACUGCGAUCGGGUGAUGAAUGUGCCCAACAAUUAGUGAAUGCCUUGGAUCGGGGGCCAAAAGAGGUUCUCCAAGAAUGUAUCAGUAAAACAUUGAAGAAAAUUAUUAAUCAACCAGAACCUAAAGAAGAACAAUUUGAUGAUACAUUGUUAACAUAAAUUCUUUGUAAAAAAUCUGUGAUUUUCUCUUAAUUAUCUCUCUUACCUUUUGCUAAAUUGAAAUUGAUUCUUUAAACACUCAACUAAUUAAUUCGAAAAAGAAAAAAUGAUAAAUUUUGGUAACAAAACCUAAA